UUUUUUUUUCUGUUUUUUUUCACGACCCCGCGGAAUUUUAUACGUGGCUUUGUAGCGUUUACACCCUUAUUCACAAUCGUGAUUCUAGAAAGAUUCCUGAAAGCAUAGCAAUUUCAAAAAGCAAUGAUUCUGCCAAAAGUUCUCUUUUUAGCUUUAGCUUCAUUUUUAAUUUUAUUACAUAUAUCUUCAGCUGGUCCGAAUCCUGAAACAGGAAAAAGAGUUUUUGAUAAGCCUUUAAGUGAUGAAACUCAUUUUGAUGAUAAUAAAUUACAUAAUCCUGAGUAUGAUCAUGAAGCUUUUCUUGGUGAGGAGGAAGCGAGGAAAUUUGAUCAAUUAACUCCAGAAGAAAGCAAAGCUAGGCUUCUAAAAAUUGUUGAAAAAAUUGACAAAGACAAGGAUGGAUUUGUCACUGAAAGUGAAUUAAAAGAUUGGAUUAAAUAUACUCAAAGGAAAUACAUAUUAGAUGAUGUGGACAAGCAAUGGAAGGAUCACAAUGCAGAGAAAAAGGAGAAACUUGAUUGGGAGUCAUAUAAGAAAGUCACAUACAGUUUUAUUGAUGAAACUAAAUUUGAAGAUGAUGAAAAUGAUAUUAAACUAUACAAAGAGAUGAUGCAGCGAGACAAGCGAAGAUGGGAAGUUGCUGAUAAGGAUGGUGAUAAUCAUUUAUCAAAGGAAGAAUUUGCCGAUUUCCUUCAUCCUGAAGACUCACCACGUAUGCAUGAAACAGUUAUAACGGAAACCAUUGAAGACAUAGAUAAAGAUGGUGAUGGUCAAAUAUCUGCUCAAGAAUACAUUGGUGACAUGUACAGUGGAAGUGAAGAAGAUGAACCUGAUUGGGUUAAAAAUGAAAAGGAGCAGUUUACAGCCUAUAGAGAUAAAAAUAACGAUGGUUUUAUGGACAGAGAAGAAAUCAAAGAGUGGAUUUUCCCCAGUGAAUUUGAUGAUAGUGAAGCUGAGUCUCGACAUCUUAUUCAUGAGGCUGAUGAUAAUAAGGACAAAAAAUUGACUAAAGAAGAAAUUUUAGAUAAUUAUGACUUGUUUGUGGGAAGCAAAGCUACAGAUUUUGGAGAAGCUUUAACGAGGCAUGAUGAAUUUUGAAUGUGAACAUAAUUUUGAAAUUAAAGCUGCUAUUUUCUUGAACUUAUUGUUCAUUAUUGAAAUUUUUUGAUAAUUUUAUGUGUUGUUUGUUUUACUCUUGAUAUGUUUGCUUUAUAUAUUUUUAAAUUAUAGAUCUGACAUAGUAUUAUAUUUCUAAGUCAUGUGCUGCCAUUUUUAUAAAACAUCGUCAAUGUUGUUUGAUAAGGCAACUUGUAUUUAACCUCAAAAACUGCUGUUGUUAAGUUACAAAAUAUUUAUAAAUGUUUUAAAUCGUUGUUUGUCUAUAUUAAAUAUAUUUAUAGUAAUUUUUGCUAAAUUUUAUUAUUACUACUUACUUUUUUCGUUUUAUAAUUAUAGUAAAUCAAUCAAGUUCAUUUUAUCUCAAAAUUUCAAAUCUGUAAUUGUUUUCAAACAAGUGCCUUCAUUUUAUAUUCAAAGAAUUUUUCCUUUUUGUGGUUUUUUUCAUGCUGUGUUAAGGCAGCAAAUUUUGUGUAUGUCUUCCUUUUAGCAACUGAACAUUUCAGUCUCAUUGAAAUAAAUUACAACUUGUUUGGUUAAAAAUUCAUUUCAUUUAUAUAGGCCUCAAAAGAUGCAAGAUGUACAUAGAACUGCAUUUAGUUUAAUUCCUAUAUGAAAAUAAGUACCGUAUAUACUCGUGUAUAAUUGGGUCUCAUGUAUAAGUCGAACUGUAUCUACUGUAAUUGUUUAGUCUUUAUUUCGCAGUCAGACCAUGUAAACUUAUAGCAGAAUGUGUAAGGAUUUACUUCUACAGCAUUUGCUUAAAAGGGUUGAACUAAAACUCGAGAAAAUGUUCAUGUUUUCCCAGUGGUUUUUUCCAAGAAUUGGUUUUGGCAGUUCUGCCCACAUAUAAGUCAACCCCCUAACUUUUAACCUCAUUUUUUGUGCAAAAUUUCUCGACUUAAUCGCGAGUAUAUAUGGUAAUUUGAUAACCUUAAAAAGUGCAUUUCCUGUCUUUUUUUUGUUUGUUUGUUUUCCAAAUUUUUCUUACUCUUAAUAAUCAGUUUAAAAGUAGUUCUUUGUAAUUUAUACAAAAUCAUUCACUUGAAAUUAAGAAUUCACCUGAAACAAUACCUGGAUUUAAAUUAUAAGAUAUUAAAAUGAAACUUUCGAGCAUUAUGUAUGUAUUCUUCACUGCAUUAGGCAUAAUGAAGUGUACUUAAAAGAAUCCUUCUCAAACACUUCAAUGUUCCAAAAACUAAUAAUUUUAAAAGAAUAAUUCAAGCUUUUAAAACACCUCAGUCUUAAAGUGAAGUUUAAGUAUAUAUUUAAAGAAACUGAAUUCCUAAUGCUUUUAUUUUUCAAAGACAUAGCUUUUGUAUUCUUUUAUUAAUAGCAUUCAUAAUCAUUAAAAUAAUCAAAUAUUUUAUCUUGAUAUUGAAUUAUUUUGAUUCCACUGUCAUGUACUGGACAAAUUGUACUAAAUUUUCCUUUGUAUAUAAGUCAAUUAUUUGAAGCUAAAAGUAAAACAUUUUUCAACUUUGUGUAAAUACUUUACUUGUGUGAUUUGUUUAUCAAUAAGUUUUUCUAACAUUUUUAAAAAAAAUAUUUUCAAAAUGAAGUUUAUCUGCUACCUGCAGGACAGGACACAGUUUUACACUUCUCAAUUUAAUAGCGAAAUCCUCUGAAUCUAUUGUUGUUAAUUUUUUAAAGUACGAGGCGUAUCCGGAAAGUAAGUAUCGUUUUGAAAAAAAAGCUAUAAAAAAAUUUUUUUUAAAGAUUAUUUAAUGUUUACAUGAAAGAUCAUAUCUUAAAUUAUUUUUCAACAUAGUUUCCACCAUUGUUGAGGCACUUGUCGUAGCGGCUCACCAGCUUAUUUAUACCUGCCUCAAAGAAACUUGCCACCAAUGAAGAGAGCCAUAAAUUUACAGCGUUUUUUGCGUCGUCAUCACAAGCAAAGCGCCUACCUCCAAGUUCUCAUUUCAUGUGCAGGAACAAGUGGAAAUCAGACGGUGCCAAGUCUGGGCUGUACGGCGGGUGAUUAAACUGCUCCCGACCGAACUGUUCAAUUAGUCUUUAAGUGUCACGAGCAGUAUGGGGCCGAGUAUUGUCAUGCAGCAACACAAUUCCUUCACUGAGCAUUCCUCUACGUUUGCAUUCAAAAACCGGAUCACAGAAGGAAUUUCACAGUCGGCGGGAUCACCGAUUUAUUUAAACAUUAUAUACGGCCACAGUAAACGCAAAACACAAGAAAAAUCAACUGUAAUGGCGCGAGUUUGUAGCCGAUGAACAGAGGAAACAAGUACGCAUGCACUGAGCGCCGACAGCAGCGCUGCAGCGGCAUUAGAACGAAAUGGUACUUACUUUCCGGAUACGCCUCGUAUUAGCUUAAAUAGUGAGUCUUCUUCAGAAUAAUUUUGAAAGCUCUAUACUUGAAUUCAACAGAAAUACAAGGUGUUUUAUAUAGAAUGGAACAAAAGGAAAGCACAUUUGAAAAAGCAUUAAUUUAUUAUUUUAAUGAAUAAUAUUUACAGUAACUAUAGUUAUCAAGUUUCUAUAGAUCUAUAUGUGGCUCUCCCAGGGUUCGCCGAUAUAUAUCCGAGAUUUAUUUUGAAAAUACCAUGAUACUCGUAUUUUGAUGUUUUCGAUAUUAUUUUCUCAACUACGGUAUUUUUAAUAUAAAAAAUAUCUUAAUCAUAGUAAUAUUGUUCAUUUAUUAUUAAAAAUAACAAAAACGUUAUACAGUAAAACCUGUAAAGUUGACCACCUGUCUAUGUUGACCACUUUUGUCAGGAACGGAAUUAGACCUAUCUCAUAUAAUGAAGGAAAACCUCUGUAACUUGACCACCUUUCUAUCUUGACCACCUGUCUAUCUUGACCACUAAUGUACGCCAAAUUUGGUUUGGAGUAUUGUAAAAAACCCUUUGUAAGUUGACCUCUUGGUAUAUUUUUUAAAACUUUCUUCAGCAAAUUAUUUUAUUUUAUUAUUAUUUUUUUGAUAGCUUUCUAAAAAUGUUUUUAAUGCUUUGACGACAGACUAGCAUUCUACUUACCAAACAGCAGCAUAAAGCUUAUGCUGCUCUCUAUUCUACAAACUUGUUUUUUAUUUGCUGCUCUAUUUGAGAUAGCUUUUUGUACUCUGUUCAAUGAAAAUAGGUGUCAGUAGAAAAGUUCAAAGUCUUUUCUUUUAGUUGCAAUAUGUUGUGGCAACACAGGAAUUGUGCUAAAAAGAGCAGGCCCGGAUUUAUACAUUCACCCCCCCCCCUUAGUGACCAGCAGUGUCUAUUUGUAAAGUGAAUAAGUCUUACUGCUAGUUUUUUUCUUUUUUAUCUUCGAUUUCUAGGGCCGUUAGCCCCUUUAAAGACGCGGGCCCCUCGCACUGCGGGUACGCAGAUCUGGCCCUGCUGAUGAGUCAAGUUACAUGUUUCUGGUGCAAGAGAUUAAGAGAUAGGACAUUUUGAUUUUACCUUUAUGAACUGGGAGAGUCGCGCUAUUGCUCUUUGUGCUAUAAGUUGUCCAAAAAAAGGCUUGAGAAGGAAAGUUAGUUGAACUUAAGAUUAAUAAAAAGUUUGAAAUAUUAUAUUAAAAUUAAUUGAAAAUGGAGAAAGCAAGAGUAAAUUAGCUGACAUAUUUAGAAUUUCUAAAACUAUAGUGUCUAAUGUAGUUAAAAAGAAGGAAAAAAUAACAAAAUUAUUUGAAUUGUAUUUUUAAUUAUUGUUUCAUUUUCAAUAAUGUUAAACAAUGAAAGUGAGUUGAACGGAAAGAAUAAGGGUGAAUCACUCAAAAAAUGAAUACACGAUGCAAGAAAUAAGGAGAUAAAAAAAAAUCAUUACCGUCCUUUAUAAGUUGACCACCUGUCUAAGUUGACCACCAAAGUACUGCACUGCGAGUGGUCAACUUACACAGGUUUCACUGUAUACUAUAUUUUUGUGAUGUAUUAAUAUAUUAUUAAUGUAACAAAGUAGUAUAAUAUUCUUUUUUUAAUUGUAUUUUAUAUUCAUAAAAUUAUUAGUAAUGUAUCAAUUUUAAUUCACAAUAAAAUUGCCUAAUUAAAUAUUAAACCUUGCUCAGAA